AUGAAAAUAGAGUUUUAACUAUUAAAUCUAAAAUCAAAUAUUGUUUCUAUGAAAAACAUUUCAAUAUAAUAAGAUGAAAAUUAAUUAAUUUAAUACUUUUAAAAAAUGGAAUCUAUAACAAUCUAUGAAAUUUAGAAAAUAACAUAUGAUAAUGCCAUUAUUAAUUUAUAAGGAUGCAAUUUAAGAAUUAAAAAUUUUUAAUUUUAAGGAAUUUUAUUGUCUUCAAUAAUAAAAGUUUUAGAUUCAUACACUAUUUAACUGGAAAAUCUACAUAUUGUUGAGGUUUAGUUAUUUUAUCCAAUUAACAUUAUUCAUAUUGGAUAAACAACAUCCAUGUAAUUUAACGCUGUUUUAUAUAAUAUUGAGAUAAUGAAUUUAGUUUCAUUUGAUUUUAAUAAAAUUAAGACUAAUUUAAUUGAAUAUUCCAAAAUAGUAUUAGAAUAAAAAAGUUGUAAUAUCAAUCUUUAAUUAUUAAAUUAAGAUUUAAAUGCACCCAUAAAAAUUGCAUGGAUAUUUGAACAAAUUUUGCUUUUAUCAAGUUAAAAAGGGACUUUAAUCUAUAUUUUAAGUACGAAUUCUCAAAAUAGAAUAAAAUUAAUUUAGAUAUUAAUAUCAAAUAAUAAUUGUUUAGAAUGUUAGAAUGGAAUAAUUUAAUUUGAUAUAAAAUAAUAUUUAUCAAUAUUUAUCCAAGAAUUAUAUUGUCUCAAGAAUAAUAUAUCAAAUUAUGGAUGUGUAUAUGCUAAAGCAGAAAAUUAAUAAGAAUCAUAAAUGGUAAUUAAGAAUUCUAUAUUUAACAUGAAUAGGGGUAUUAUAGGCUCUGCAAUUAUGGCUGAAAAUGUAAGAAUUACUCUUGUCAAUUUGAAAUUAUUAAAUAAUAUUGCAACCUCCCAAGGAGGAGCUUUGUAUUUAUCAAUUAAUAAUAAUUAAUUUAAAAUAAUUCAAACAAUUAUUUAUAAUAACAAAGCAGAAUAAGGAGGAGGAAUUUACUUAUAAGGUAAUGGUAAAUUAAAUAAAGACAAUUUUAUAAAAUCAUGGAUGAAACUAAAUUCAGCAUAUCUUUUACCUAAUAAUCUUUAAGAAAUGCCUACUCAUUUAUCUUUAUCAAUUAAUAAUUUUGAAAUGAAAACUAUUUAGAAAAAGAUAAAUAAUAAAACAUCAAAUAGUUUGUUAUUAUAACCUUAUUUUGUAAUGGAAUAAGGAAAGGUAAAAUUAACGAAAUUAUUAAUGUUACCAAGCAAUUAAGAAAUUAGUAAUUAUUAAAUAUAUAAUCCAUCAUUACUUAAAUCUGAGAAAUAUUUAGAAGAAUUUUCAAUAUCUUAUAAAAAUAAUCUUAAUGAAAUAUUACCUAAUUUUUCUAAUUCCACAUGUGAAAUUUUUAUGUAAACAUUAAUAAAUGAUACUCUAAUUGAUUCGACAAAUAUUGCAAAUAUUGAAUAU